UCAAAAUAUUUUCAUUCCUCAGAAUGUUCUUUUUGUUGAUAUAAAAACGCUAUUAAAUAUCAACAAAAAAUGGAUCAUUUAGCUCAAGAUUUGUCAAUUGCUCUAGAAGAAACAGAAAGUUGUGGGUCCCUUAACAUUAUUAAUGUUGGAAAAUGGGGCAUGAGGCGAAGGACCAGAUCUGCCGGAAAUUUGCAUUUGUACACAAAUAAAGCUGGAGAAAAUCGUUCUGAUGAUAGUUCUAGUAGUAAUUCAGAAAUUAGAAGCGAGAAACAUCGUAGUAAGUUAGUCAGUUUCCACCAGUCUGACUCUGAUGAUAUGACAUUUAGCAUGACAGUAGAUAAAACAUUUAAUCAGAGAACUUUAAGAAUGAGACACCCAAUGUACAACUUUCUAAAAGGUGUAAGCCAAUGUCUAGAAAGUGACUCUGUUAAUGAACAUUCUCCAGCAAGACCCAAUAUAAGGAGGAAACGAAAGUUUAAAAGGAUGAGCAUAGAUGAAACGCCUAUGCCACCAUGUGGAAAGAGAAAGAGACCACAGAGAUUGGAAAUUGUUGACAAUGGGAAAUCUCUUAGGCACAGUACAAAAAUUAAACCACUUCACCAGAGCUUAGUAGACAAAAUAGAAAAGUUUUGUUACCAACCCAAUCUUCUGACCAACUCCAUGGAAAUACAGAGUUAUGAUGAAAAUUGUGAAAUAGCAAGCGAAAGUAGCAUCAGCUGGAGUGGGGGAGAAGGUCAUGAAGGCGAUGAUGAGCUUACCGAUUGGGCUCCAUCUAUGGAGAGUUCUUCAGCAAUGGAACCACCUUUUAAUGACUCUGAUCCACGAGAAAUAAGAGCAGGUUGCAGAAGAUUGAGAGAAGAACGACCGGGUUUCAGCAUAAACACGAGCGCCAAUGAAAGAGUUUCAAAAUUUUUACAAGACACUUCCAAAUCCGAAUUGAGACUGUACGGCGCCGAGAGGGAUAAGUUAGGCCAAUUGGCCGCUUUAUAUUCGCUCGAGUUGUGGGUGGAGUCGCCGAGUUCCACUUUGUUGAGGAAAACUAACCGGACACCCUCUAUGCAGCCGACACAAAGACAUCAUUCUGGAUUGUCAGCGGUGCACAAGAAGAUUCGCACCCAAAGCCAUCGUAUGAUCUCUUAGUUUCUAAAAAUAGGUGUUGAAUGUGAUAUUGACAAUUUAAUUACUUCACUGACGUUUCGUCAAUGUGGAAUUAAGAAUGAACGUUUUGUUUUUACUGAGCGGAUAUUGUACUAAGUAUACUGUUUUUAUUCUUUUUUUAACAAAUGAUCCUUUUUCACUGUUUUUAUACUCUAAAUGUAUUGAUUACUAUGAGUAUCUAACAGAAUCUCGAUUAAUAAAUAAUGUUACAGCUAUAUUGAGUAUUUUCCCCAGAUUUAGAGGUAGUGGAAUCCAAUAAUUUCUUGUGGAACAUCUUCAUUGCAGCAUCAUAUUUGACCAGAAACGCGUAUUUCAAAGUUUAGUUGACCUAAUAUCUUCCUUACUAACGAAUUUAAAUAAAAUUUGUUAACAGAUACUGUAUAUUGUUAAUAUAUUUUGAACGGUAAUAUUUUAGUUUUAGAAUUUUUUAAUUUUAAUGAGGUUUUUAAAAGUUUGUUCGUAAUAGAUGAACUAGAACUGUUAUAUUUAAUGAGAGCCCAUCCUAUAAUGCUACUGUUAUGGAAAGUCUUCUUCUCUUCUUCCUUCUUGUAUUUAUGUUUUAAAGCCUGUUUCCUCUUUAAUAUUAGCCUCCUAAAUUGUUUAAAUUAUCGCACCAUCUUUUUUUAUUCUGCCAUAUUUCUUCGUCCAUUUGGUGACUAUGUCGUACUCUGCUAUUCUACUGUGUUCGUUCCACUCCUGUUUCCGUUUUGUCAUCCAUCCAUUUAUGUCUUCUAUAUUGCAUGCCCUUCUUAUCUUUUCAUUUCUCUCCCUAUCUAACAGACGUUUCCCUGAUAUUACUCGGAGUAUUUUUAUCUCUGUUGUUUCUAGUAGUCGUUAGUAAGUGUCAGGUCUUGUCUCAGCCGUGUAUGUUAAUAUAGGUCUAAUUACUGCUUUAUAGAUUCUUGUUUUUGUAUCUUCUCUUAGGUGUUUGUUCUUCCAGAGUGUGUCAUUAAGAGAUCCCUUCGCUUUACUUACUUUUAAGCUUUGUUGUCGUACUUCUUCUUCAACAUCUCCGUAACUAAUUAUAUCUAUUCCCAGAGAUCUAAACCUUGCUUCCUGCUUUGUUAUUUUCCCAUCAAUUUUGAUUUUACAUCGUAGUGGUUAUUUA